UUAUAAGAAGGUUGAGAAGUUCUUAUAUUUUAAUCAUUCGUUUAGUUGCUUCUUAAUGAGUCCAACUGUCAGAGAUAGAAUUUUCGCCAUUUCCCCUUUUCAUUUCCCGCCGAUUUUGUUUGCUACUUUGGUCCAUUCAAAAUAUUUUCCUGGUUUUCUCAGCAACCAAACUGCCCGUUAGGGUUUGUUGUUCCUCGCAUCUCCCCUUUCUUCCAUCUGGAAUGAGCUGUGGAUAUAAGUCUCUUUGUAUCGAUCGAAUGUUCUUGUUUGAUCCCUUGUUGCUUCGUUUGUUUCCCGGUUACUACAGUUAGAAAAAUGUCAAGAAGAGAUCGCCGACCGCCAUUUCCAAUGAAAGAUAUUCCUCAUGUACAUGAACCCCCAUUUGGCAGAGGCCUUGGGCCAAGGCCCCAUCCCAAACUGCUAGAAGGAAUGAGAGGAGCCCAGUUGCAAGAGUUACAGUUUGGGAUGGGUCAUAGACUGCCACCCCCUCACCCUUGGGUGAUUGAGGAGCAUCUAGCAGUUCAACAGCAAGAAAUUCAAGGUCUGCUUGUUGAUAACCAAGGGCUGGCGGCAACCCAUGUUGCACUGAAGCAGGAGUUGGAAGCUGUUCAGCAAGAGUUGCAGCGAAUGGUGCACUUUUCGGGUAUGUUGCAGGCAGAUAAGGAUGUUGAGAUGAGAACAAUGCAUGAGAGGUUGGCUAAGAUCGAAGCAGAUCUUUGUGGGAUGGAGGUUAUGAAGGCUGAGGUCCUUAAAGUUAAUGCUGAUGUUAAGGAGCUUACUUUGGCAAGGCAAGAGCUCACUGGAAAGGUCCAAGUAAUGACCCAAGAUUUGGCUAGAGCCAAGGCUGAUUUGCAACAUGCGUCAGCUUUAAAGGAAGAAAUUGAGAGUGUGAAACAUGAAUUGCAGCGAGCAAGAGCUGCCAUUGAGUAUGAGAAGAAAGGAUAUGCAGAGAAUUACCAGCAUGGUCAGUUGAUGGAGAAUAACUUGAUCUCAAUGGCCAGGGAGUUGGAAAAACUUCGUGCAGAGCUUGCAAAUGCUGAUAAAGGAGCAAGUGCUGCUGCUUCUGGUGGGAAUCCAGGUUAUAGUGGAAAUUAUGGCAACCCUGAAGCUGGAUAUGCAGCAAAUCCUUAUCUUACAAACUAUGGCAUGAAUCCGGUACCGGCAGGCGCAGAAAGUUUUCCUCAAUAUGGACCUGGACCUGGUUCCUGGGGUGCAUACAAUAUGCAGCAAGCUCAAGGACACAGAUAGACUAGUUUGCAUAUAAUGCUAUGCUGUCGUCUCUCGUUUUAUACGCCUGCUCCUGGUAUUUUGGGAUGCAACUUAUUAGAUGCUUGAGUUUGAAUUUGAAGUGCUUCCUUAUGAUGGAUGUUUUGGGAAAUAUGAUAACUCUCGCUAUUCAAUAUCCUGCAUGAAGAUACUGGUUAUUCAUAUUCUUUUGGUGGUCCAGUAUAUUUUUGUUGGCUUCA